CCGCCCCUGCCGCGCGGCGCCUGCGCAAUGCGGCGGCGCUGCUUUUCCCUCACGGGCGCCUGUCAGUCGGUCUGUCUGGACGAGAGAGAGGCGGAAGGAAGGAGCGGAGCGGAGCGCGGCGAUGAGGAAGCGAAUGGGGCCGCAGCCCUGAGGAGGGAAAGAAGGCAGGAAGCGAGGCCCCGCUGAGCCCCCGGCGCCAUGGCCGACCCGGCCCCCGCCCGCAGCCUCGACGACAUCGACCUCUCGGCCCUCAGGGAUCCUGCCGGCAUAUUUGAACUGGUGGAGGUGGUGGGCAAUGGGACCUACGGACAGGUCUACAAGGGCCGCCAUGUCAAGACAGGGCAGUUGGCUGCCAUCAAAGUCAUGGAUGUCACUGAGGACGAAGAAGAAGAAAUCAAGCAGGAGAUAAACAUGCUGAAGAAGUAUUCUCACCAUCGCAACAUUGCCACCUAUUAUGGGGCAUUUAUUAAGAAGAGCCCCCCUGGGAAUGAUGACCAGCUCUGGCUGGUGAUGGAAUUCUGUGGUGCUGGCUCAGUGACAGAUCUGGUGAAGAACACGAAGGGCAAUGCCCUGAAGGAGGACUGCAUUGCCUACAUCUGCCGGGAGAUCCUCAGGGGACUGGCCCAUCUCCAUGCACACAAAGUGAUCCACCGAGACAUCAAGGGCCAGAAUGUCCUCCUCACUGAGAAUGCAGAGGUGAAGCUGGUUGAUUUUGGGGUAAGUGCCCAGCUGGACCGCACAGUGGGGCGGCGGAACACCUUCAUUGGCACCCCGUACUGGAUGGCCCCAGAGGUGAUUGCCUGUGAUGAGAACCCAGAUGCCACAUAUGACUACAGGAGUGAUAUCUGGUCCCUGGGGAUCACCGCCAUUGAGAUGGCCGAGGGAGCACCACCCCUGUGCGACAUGCAUCCCAUGCGAGCACUCUUCCUCAUUCCUCGGAAUCCCCCACCCAAAUUGAAGUCCAAGAAAUGGUCCAAGAAGUUCAUAGAUUUCAUAGACAACUGUUUGAUCAAAGCCUACACCAGCCGGCCCCCAACAGAACAGCUCCUCAAGUUCCCCUUCAUCCGGGAUCAGCCGACAGAGCGGCAGGUCCGCAUCCAGCUGAAAGACCACAUUGACCGCACGCGCAAGAAGAGGGGAGAGAAAGAUGAGACAGAGUAUGAAUACAGCGGCAGUGAGGAAGAGGAUGAAGGACGUGGCGAGGAAGGAGAGCCCAGCUCCAUCAUGAAUGUCCCGGGGGAGUCCACGCUGCGGAGGGAGUUCCUUCGGCUGCAGCAGGAGAACAAGAGCAACUCAGAGGCCUUAAAGCAGCAGCAGCAGCAGCUGGCCGCCCAACACCGGGACUCCGAGGCCCACAUCAAGCAUCUCCUGCACCAGCGCCAACGCCGCAUUGAGGAGCAGAAGGAGGAGCGCCGGCGCGUCGAAGAGCAACAGCGCAGAGAGCGAGAGCAGAGGAAGAUGCAGGAGAAGGAGCAGCAGCGCCGCCUGGAGGACAUGCAAGUCAUGCGCCGUGAGGAGGAGCGCCGCCAAGCCGAGCGGGAGCAGGAGUAUAUCAGGCACAAGUUAGAGGAGGAGCAGAGGCAGCUUGAGAUUCUGCAGCAGCAGCUCCUCCAAGAACAAGCCCUGCUGCUGGAGUACAAGAGGAAGCAGUUGGAGGAGCAGCGCCAGUCAGAACGUCUCCAGCGGCAGCUCCAGCAGGAACAUGCCUACCUGAAGUCCCUGCAGCAGCAACAGCAGCAGCAGCAGCAGCAACAACAACAACAGGAAAAGAAGGCCCUGUACCACUACAACCGCAGCGCCAACCCUGCAGAGAAGCCCACCUGGGCCCGCGAGGUAGAAGAGCGAACGCGCAUGAAUAAGCAGAACUCUGCCUCGCCAAUGGCCAAAACCAAGCUGGGGGCCACAGAUUCCGCCCCACAGUCCCGCUCCGAGUCGGUGUCGCUCAACUCCUCCCCCGCCUCCCAGACCCCCCCAAUGCAGCGCCCCGUUGAGCCCCAGGAGGGGCAGCACAAGAGCCACCUCGCCCACCGUGUCCCGCUCAAACCAUAUGCUGCCCCCGUCCCUCGCUCCCAGUCGCUGCAGGACCAGCCCACCAAGAACAUGGCUGCUUUCCCUGUCCAUGACUCCGCCGCUUCCUCCGCCUCCUCUGCCCCCUCCCCACCUCGAGCGGGCAUGAUCCGGCAGAACUCCGACCCUACCUCGGAGGGGCCUGCCCCGCCACCAUCACGGCCUGCCGCCGAGCAGCGAGGACCCUGGGUCAAAAUGGAUGCUGAGCCCCCUCCCAAGGUUCCCCAGCGGACAUCCUCCAUCGCAACAGCGCUCAAUGCCAGCGGGGCAGGAAACAGCAGUGGGGCUGGCAUCAGGCCGGCCCAUGCCAUCCGAGCCAGACCCCGUAGCAAGUCUGCAUGGCACAUCCACAUGCAGAGCCGGCUGGAGAGGGGACCCAAGUGGGGGGACCCUUUGCUGGUAGCUGCCCCUCUGCCACAGCCUAUAGGCUGGAGCCCAUCCCAGGAGCCACCGGCCACUGCGCCAAACGCCAGUAGCAACCCUGACCUCCGGAGGAGUGACCCAGGCUGGGAGCGCACAGAUAGUCUGCUGCAGUCUGGGGGAGCCCGCUUGCCCCAGGCAGGUUCACUGGAGCGCAACCGUGUAGGAGUCCCCCUCACAGCUCCCCUGAAGCUGGACAGUUCCCCAAUUCUGCCCCAAGGAAGCAAGGCCAAGGCGGAAGACCACCGUUCCCGGCCCGGCCGGCCAGCAAGCUAUAAGCGGGCAAUUGGCGAGAACUUUGUGCUGCUGAAGGAGCGUCCAGAGGAGGGAGCCCCAAAGCCCCUCAAGAAGGCCAUGGACUACUCGUCCUCCAGCGAGGAGUUGGACUCCAGUGAGGAGGAAGAGGAGGAGGAGGAGGAGCGUUCUGAGCCAGGGACGGACACACCGGGGGCCAGGGACGGUGACACGGACUCUGUAAGCACAAUGGUGGUGCAUGACGUGGAGGACCUGGCGGGCAGCGGGGGUGGCAGUGGGGGCUCUGAGAGUUCAUACGGCGAGGGCACCAUGUUGAUACAGCGGACCCCAGAGGAGGAGCGCGGCCUCCUGCACAGCGACAGCAAUGGCUACACCAAUCUCCCAGACGUAGUUCAGCCCAGCCACUCUCCCACGGAGGCCAAGAGCAGCAGCAACGGCUCUUCCUCGCCUGCCAAGGACACAGCCACCGAUUACCAGUCGCGUGGGCUGGUCAAAGCGCCUGGGAAGAGCUCCUUCACCAUGUUUGUGGACCUCGGCAUCUACCAGAGUUCGCUGGGUAGUGGAGACACCAUCCCCAUAACUGGUGAGACUGGGGACAGGAGAGGGAGGGUCCUUGCUAGGGAGGGAUUCUUCCUGCCUAUAUGAAGUUGGCGGGGAGAU